GAGACAACAAUUGGAAGAGUAAGCCAAGAGAAGCCUAUGGGGGGGAAGGAGAUAGGAGAACCUUCUCGAGCCCAAAUGGGAGAAGGGAGGACCACCAGGGGAAGAGGGAAACACUUGAGGGCCCGGCUGGCCUGGUGUGAAGACUACCCCUAGCCUGGACUUCCAGAAAUCCCAGCCAUCAUAGAGCAGGACAAUUCUUCAGGAUCCAGAUGGGUCUCUCCAGAGGAUAUUGAGGUUAUGGAAUGGACAACACUUUUUGGGACUGUUUCCAAGGGAGUCCAGGUGCAGCGGCUGGUGCCUUCUCAGACCCCUAUCUCAACUCAGGGACAACAGCUGGCAGAGCUAGAUGGUGUUCCAGAGCCCCCAGUAGCAACAAGCAGGAGGAAUGUCAACUACAGCAGAGAGAGAGUUCCAAAAUUCACUCCAGGAGUCAGUCAGAUGGUGCUACACAUUCUCAGCCUCAUCUCAGAACAAGACAGAGCUAAUCUGAAGGGGCGGUAUCCAUGGCUGGAUUCCAUCGGAGGCAGUGGUACCACCAGGGAACAAGCUGGGGUGAAGCCUCAGACCGGGAAACACUUGGAGCUCUUCCAAGCCAGGGAGCAGGAGGCAGGAGCAGGAGGAGCAAGAGCAAGGCUGACUACAUUGGCUCCUGGCGGGUCAGAACAGACCCUAGGACGGGAAGAAGCAGCAGAGAAAGGGCCUUUGAAUGACAGGGCUAAGCGAAGGAGGCCCCGCUCUGGAACUGGGGCCGGGAAAGACUGUUUCCGAUCAGAAAAGGUCAGGACCGACUACAUUUCAACAUCAGCAUCAGCAUCAACUACUAUGAGCGUUCAGGGGUGCGAGGUUAAAGCCCAACUUCAUUUGGAGAAGUCAGCAAAAGGAUGCCACGAGAACCAAGUGAGUUUGCCCAGCCCAGACCUGUCAGCUUCAGGGAACCUGCAGGGACCAGGGCAUGGAUUCAAGAAGUCCAGAGGUGGAGGUCCAGGUCUCAAGUCUGGUGUGGGGAGCACUGGUCCCAGUGGCGAAGAGCAGGGACUGGGGCGUGGAUUUAAGAAGACCAAAGGUGGAGGUUCAGGUGUCAAGUCUGGUGUGGAGAGUGCUGGGGAAGAGCAGGGACUGGGGCCUGGAUACAAGAAGACCAGAGGUGGAAGUUCAGGUGUCAAGUCUGGUGUGGAGAGUGCUGGGGAAGAGCAGGGACUGGGGCCUGGAUACAAGAAGACCAAGUGUUGGGGUACAAGUCUGAAGUCUGGUGUGGAGAACACUGGUCCCAAUGGGGAAGAACAGGGACUGGGGCAUAGGUUAAAGAAGACCAGAGGUGGAGGUUCAGCUGUCAAGUCUGCUGUGGAGAGAGCUGGCCCCAGUGAGGAAGAGCAGGGACCAGGCCCUGGAUACAAGAAGACCAGAAGUGGAGGUUUAGCUGUCAAAUCUGGUGUGGAGAGUGCUGGUCCCAGUGGAGAGGAGCAGGCCCUGGGGCUGGGAUGCAAGAAGACCAGAGGUGGAGGGUCAGGUGUCAAGUCUGGUGUGGAGAGUGCUGGUCUCAGUGGCAGGGAACAGGGCCUGAAGCCUGGAUAUAAGAAGACUAAAGGUGGAGGUUCAGCUGUCAAGUCUGCUGCAGAGAGUACUGGUCCCAGUGGGGAGGAGCAGGGAGUGGGGCCUGGACACAAGAAGACAAGAGGUGGAAGUCCAGUUCUAAAGUCUGGUGUGGAAGGUGCUGGUCCCAGUGGGGAGGAGCAGGGAACAGGGCCUGUGUUCUGGAAGACCAAGCGUGAAAUUCCAGGCCUCAGGUCCAGUGUGGAGAGUGCUGUUCCCAGUGGGGAGGAACAAGUCAGUGACAGCAGACAGAUGAAGGAGCUGGAGGACCAGCCCUUUCCAGAUCAACAGACUGAAGACAAAGGUGAAUUGACGGAGAAGGAAUUGGCAGGCCCAGACCAUGUGGGGCGACCAGGAACACAAAGCUCCCAGGCAGUCCGAGGCCCUGAGAUCGUCUGGACGUCCACCCGGAAAGCAGAGGUUGCUGAGCAGUUUGAGGACGAUACCCCAGAUCAAAGCUUCCAGACGAGAUCAGAAGAUAAGGAGGGAUCCCCUCUGCUAUCCACACCACUGCCCAUGGAGAGACCCUCAUCGGACAGCUCCUACACUCAGCCCAGCUCAGCAUCCAGACAGCCUGAGGAGGGGGAAGAGGCUCCUAAGGUCCAGUUGGUACAAAGCCCAGCAGUGCCCCCUGUUCAUCGUCCAGGUAAAUAGUCCCAGCAGAGAAGGAAGACAGGGAGAAAGAGACUGACGAAGAAUACAAGGAAGAGGAAGAAUCCUUUCUAACAUGGCAGAAGCAGGCCUGGGGCACCACAUCCUGGAGGCCAGCUGUGUCCCUGAACCUAGUAUCCAGCUCUGCCCACACCUCAUCCUCGGAACUGGUCCCAAGCAGUCCAGAAGAGAACUGGAAGAAGACAGAGAUACUUCGGAAUCUGGAGAGGCCAAACAGCAAGACUCGGCCUAUGACUGCUUCAUCAAUAAGAAGGCUGGAGGCUGCAGUCCGACCCCUCAGCUCCCACAUCCACAGAAAGGACAGUGACUCGAGCUCUGCUUCCACCAGUUCCAAGGAGUGGAAGGAGGAUCUUCUCACACAGAAGCAAGAGGAAGCUUUUAGAGAAUAUUUCACAUUUUUCUGUGGUCCUGGAGAAAUUGACAUCCACAGCCUGAAGAACAUCCUAUUAAUAGUGGGGAUACCCAGGACCCAGUCUGAGAUGGCUGAUGCCCUGAUAAGUGCUGAUGUGAAUGGUGAUGGACAUGUGGAUUUCAAGGACUUCUUGUCUGUCCUGACAGAUACUCAUCGGUUCUAUCGAUCUGUGGAACAGAACAACAGCCCUUUGUCAAAUAUUCGAAAUCCCCAUACUCUUCUCUUUGAAAUCCUGUCCCAGUUGGUAGAGAUGCUAGCUUUGCCUGAAGCCUCCAUGGAAGAGAUCACCAAUUAUUAUCAAAAGAAGAUGAAAUGUAUGACAAAGUAUAAGGAACAUGCUGUUAAUCCUGCCCGACAACCUCAUUCCCACAAGAGAGCCUUCUCCCGAACCUCAGACAUUGGUCCACAAGAGCAAAAAGUCUUGAACAUCGUGGACCGGAUCAAGCGGCAAAACCACUCUACCUUCCUGCAGAGCCCUUAUAUACCCCAGGCAACCACCUAUCCGCUGUGCCCCCGGCUAGACAAGAAGGCACCACGCCGGAGGCAGGGCUCUCACGUCGCCUUGGAAGAGUAUAAGCCCAUUGAUCUGACCACUGACUUCAGGACCUUCUUUCAGAUAGGAUCCAAGGGAAGCAGGUGGGCCUAAAUGUCAGGCACUCCUCGUCUCUCCCUGGUCCUGGAAGAUUAGGAGCUGGGGCCUAGCUUCUCAGGAAGGGGGCUGGGUUGGGGGGAGGAGCUUGGCUCACCCUGGAUGGAUAAUUCUCUUCAAGUCCCUUCCCUUGCCUCCCAACCCUGCAUCUGAGACUGAAUUAACUCUUCUCUAAACGAUU